AUGGUGCCAUCUCCCUUGUCUCUGGACUCGCCUUCGAGUGGUCGGCGUUACCCACUGUCCAUUAGCGAUGCCAUCUCCAGCGCAGCCUCGCCACUACACAGCUCCUUUCAGCUGAGCUGCAGGUCCCCGCUGUCGCCCCGGACACAGACAUGGCGAGGAGAUCAUGCUCGGAGUAUCGAAAGAUUUGGUGAAGGAUCGAGCCUCGCGCCUCCGAGGUUUCUACAUUUGGGCGCAGAGACGCUAUCAGCGUCCAAGGGAACCAAUGGCGGUCCAAAAUCGGCGCUCGAGGUAGACGAUGAUGGCUCGAGUUAUACAGCCUACUCGCCGGCAGACCAAACCUGGUUCGUGCCGCCGCACACAUCCAUAGCACUACAGUACGAGCCAAGGCAGGAUGAAGGCAAGCUCGGCGUCGUCUCCGCCAUCAACAUCAUCGUGGGUAAGACGGUAGGCGUCGGCGCUUAUACGAUACCGCCGGCCAUCUUUGACGGCGUGGGUUCCGUCGGCAUGACGCUGCUGCUGUGGGCAGUCGGCAGCGUCAUCUCCUUUUGCGGCCUGGCCGUCUACAUGGACCUUGGAUCAGCCAUGCCCCGAAGCGGCGGCGAGCGCGUAUACCUCGAGCGCAUCUUUCGCCGCCCGCGUAUGCUCGCCACGUGCAUGUUUGCUGCCUAUGCCGUGCUUCUUGGCUUCUCCGCCCCAAACGCCAUUGUCUUGGGCGACUAUGCCAUGUACGCCCUCGGUAUAUCUCCAGGGAGGUGGAAUGUUCGGGCCAUUGCGGUGCUCGCGGUCACGGCCCUAUGUUAUGCCCAUGCUCGGUUCCCGCGGGCCGGUCUGCGCGUAAUCAACAUACUCGGCGUCGCCAAGCUGCUCAUUAUAGCAUUCGUGAUUAUAUGCGGAGCCGUCGGGGGCCUACGGGGCGUCGGCCGCGUGGAAGAUUUGCAAGGCAAUCAACUCGGUGGGCGCAGACUUGAUCUGCCCAUGGACCGCGAUUGGACGCUCAGCACGGCGCAGAGAAACUUUCGCAAUAUCUGGAGCGGCGGCUCUGCGCAACCAUAUGAUUACGCGACGGCGCUGCUCAAGGUGAUUUACUGCUUUCGCGGCUACAGUACUGCCAAUCAAGUGCUCUCGGACGUCAAGAACCCCGUGCGGACCCUCAAGGUCGCUGCUCCCGCUGCCCUCGGCAUCGUCUCGUUUGCAUACCUGGCCCUCAACGUGGCCUUCUUUCUCGUCGUUGACAAGGAGGACUUUCGGUCGUCUGGAAUCAUUGUCGCUGGCACAUUUUUCCGUAAUCUGUUUGGCGAGGUUGUCGGCGGACACAUUCUGCCACUAUUUAUUAUUAUAUCGGCUGCAGGCAAUAUUGCAGCCACAUCCUUUGCGCAGGCUCGAGUCAAUGAGGAGUUGGCCAAGGAUGGGCUUCUACCUCUGAGUGGAUUUUGGACAACCAAGAAGACACAACAGCCGCCAAUAGGCCCGUCUUCCAAAGCAACCCCGGUGGCCCCGACUAUUCAUGAGCAGCCGACCGUUCCCCGCCGGGGACUGCUACUCCACUGGGCAGUGUCUGUGCUAGUUAUUAUUGUGCCGCCCCCGGGUAAAGUAUACAACUUCCUGGUCGAUUUGGGCGGAUAUCCCGUCUCCAUUAUUUCCGUGGCGAUUAGUCUGGGCCUGCUCUACCUCCGCCACCACCGGCCCUCGCCGUCGUCGUCGGGCGGCGAGCAGAGGUGGACUUCUCCGUACCGCGCCCGCACGGGCGCCGUGGUCGUCUUUGCCCUCUUUAACUGCCUCCUGCUCGUCUUUCCCUGGGUCCCGCCCGCUGAUGGCCAGGGCGAGGGCGCCGGCAUCACCUACUACGCCUACCCGGCGACGGCGCUCGCCGUUAUUGGCAGCGGGGCGCUGUACUGGUGCUGGUGGAUCUCCCGGGGGAGUGGGAGACACGGUAGCAGUAGCGGCGUUGGCGGGAGCAGGAGCAGUAGCAACAGCAAUGGCGUCGAUCUCGGCCGGAGGAGAAGGGAGAGAUGGGCGGCUCACAAGGCGAAACAGAGCGGUGGCGAGUCCCGCGGGCUCUUGCUCGGGGGCGACGAAGAUGACUUGUCAUUGGCUCCCGAUUUGAGCCAAGGAGCAGCCUCAAGUGACAAUGUCGGCAUGAGAAAAUAA